UGUCCGGACCCUUUUUUUUCUCGUAUCGGCAGCCGAAUCAGAAAAAACCGAAACAGGCUUCCGCUCUGGAAGAGAAGAUCUCGCUCUCUGUCUCAGCGUCUCUGCAAAAUCCUUCGUUUCUCCCUUCCAGUAGAAAUUCAAGCCGCUCAAAUUCAAAAUUCUAGGGCUGGAUUUUUUGAGGUCGAGAUUGCUGGGAUAAUCAAAGAAACAUGAUGAUACAAGAUCUCGGCAUCGAAGCCAAAGAGGCCGCCGUUCGGGAGGUGGCUAAGCUGUUGCCGCUUCCGGAGCUCCUCGCGUCGAUAGCUUCGAUCAAAUCCGACUACGUUCAACGUCAGCAGGCAAAUGAUGCACAACUCAGUACAAUGGUUGCAGAACAGGUUGAACAGGCACAAGCUGGAUUAGAAGCCCUAUCAUCAUCUCAGAAGAAAAUUAACCAGCUCCGAGAAAACUUUGUGUCCAUUGAAAAGUUGUGUCAAGAAUGUCAAACACUGAUUGAAAAUCAUGAUCAGAUAAAACUUCUCAGUAAUGCUAGAAACAACCUGAACACAACCCUAAAGGAUGUGGAGGGAAUGAUGUCCAUUUCUGUUGAAGCUGCUGAAGCACGGGAUUCUUUGACUGAUGAUAAAGAACUGAUUCACACAUUUGAGAGGUUAACAGCACUUGAUGGUAAAAGGAGGUUUGCAUUAGCUGCUGCAGCAUCUCACAAGGAUGAGGCUGGCAGGCUAAGAGAAUACUUUGAAGAUGUUGAUCGGACAUGGGAGACAUUUGAGAAGAUAUUAUGGGGACAUAUUUCCAGCUUCUUUAAUCUUGCUAAAGAAAGCCCGCAGACAUUGGUCCGCACUCUAAGGAUAGUUGAAAUGCAGGAACUCAUUGAUCAACAGCUGGCUGAGGAAGCAGCUGAGGCAGAGGGUGGUGGUGCCAUGGCAUCAAUCAAGAAUAAUCGUAGAUCUGCCAAAAAGUCUACAACUGCAACAGCUGCUCCUAGAAACUUAAUGCAAGAGAAGUCGAAGAGUCAGGGUAAAGGCUACAAAGAUAAAUGCUAUGAACAAAUCAGGAAAACUGUUGAAGGACGGUUUGACAAGUUAUUAUCUGAGCUUGUUUUUGAGGAUCUAACAGCUGCUUUAGAGGAAGCUCGAAUGAUUGGUGAGGAGCUUGGAGACAUUUAUGACUAUGUGGCCCCUUGUUUUCCACCAAGAUAUGAAAUUUUCCAACUAAUGGUUAAUCUCUACACGGAGAGGUUUAUUCAGAUGCUUAGACUGCUCAGUGAGAGGGAUAUGCUAUCAAAUAUAGAAAUUUUAAAGGUAACUGGUUGGGUACUUGAAUACCAAAAAAAUCUGAUUGAGCUUGGUGUUGAUGAGUCUUUAGCUCAAGUUUGUUCAGAAAGUGGUGCAAUGGAUCCUCUUAUGGAUGCAUAUGUUGAUCGGAUGCAAGCUACAACAAGGAAAUGGUACAGGAAUAUUCUAGAGGCUGAUAAGGUAGACGCACCAAAGAGAACAGAUGAUGGGAAGCUAUACACACCAGCUGCUGUUGAUUUAUUUAGGAUUUUGGGGGAGCAAGUACAAAUUGUUCGGGAUAAUAGCACAGAUGUCAUGCUAUUUCGAAUUGCUCUUGCUAUAAUUCAGGUAAUGAUAGAUUUUCAAGCAGCUGAAAGGCAGAGACUUGAGGAACCAGCUUCUGACAUAGGUUUAGAGCCUUUGUGUGCAAUGAUCAACAACAAUCUGCGCUGCUAUGAUCUUGCAUUGGAACUCAGUAACAGCACCAUGGAGGCUCUUCCACCUAACUAUGCCGAGCAGGUUAAUUUUGAGGAUACUUGCAAAGGCUUCCAUGAAGUUGCAAAGGAAGCUGUGCACCAAACUGUUAAUGUUAUCUUUGAAGAUCCUGGAGUGCAGGAGUUACUUGCUAAACUUUACCAAAAAGAAUGGUCUGAAGGAUUGGUUACAGAGUAUCUAGUGGCAACAUUUGGUGAUUAUUUCACAGAUGUGAAGAUGUACAUCGAAGACAGAUCAUUCAGGAGGUUUGUUGAAGCUUGCUUAGAGGAAACAGUGGUCAUUUAUGUGGAUCACCUCCUUACACAGAGGAACUACAUCAAGGAAGAAACAAUUGAGCGGAUGAGGCUGGAUGAAGAAGUCAUUGUGGACUUCUUUAGGGAGUAUAUCAAUGUAACGAAAGUUGAAAAUAGAGUGAGGGUUCUGAGUGAUCUAAGGGAGCUUGCUUCGGCUGAGAGUCUGGACACUUUCACUCUUGUCUAUACCAACAUCCUCGAACUUCACCCUGACUGCCCGCCUGAUGUCGUGGAGAAAAUUGUGGGAUUGCGAGAAGGAAUUCCACGGAAGGAUGCCAAGGAGGUUGUACAGGAGUGCAGAGAAAUAUUCGAGAACUCCCUUGUGGAUGGCAACCCCUCAAAGGCAGGAUUCGUCUUUGGAAAGUUGAAAUGCCUCUCAUCUUCCAAAGGCUAUCUAUGGAGGAAGCUUGCUUAAAAACAAUUGCAUGUAGUCUUUUCAUUGAAAACGUUGAGAAACUUGGCUGUUUGCUCUUAUCAGUCAAACUCUGGACAAUCAGAAGUUGGGAAGUCACCGAGCUUGAUUUUUCCACUGUUAUUAAUAUUAUUUUUUAAAAUUUUUUGUUUUGUUCAUAUAAAUAUUUCACUUCUUUUCAGAUAAUUCGUUGUUCUUCUA